AUGCUUUCUGACAAGGAGGUCCGAUGGAUCCCUUGGAAGUACCGCUUAAGCCCCCGGGCGCAAGAAGAUAGUCUCCUCGUCCGGCCUAGGAAACAGGCCCGCUUUGACCUCACAGAGCUUUUUCUCGACGAGGCUCCUACCCGCGAUAUACAUGAAGGCCCCGCUUCCUUUGGCCUCGUCACCCAGCUUCUGUCACUAGCGGCCAAUGCCAUCGCGCUUUGCCAAGGUGCACACCUGGGCUCUCUGAAGCUUUAUAACAAACGCUUCAUGAGGAUCUGCUUCACCAAGUACGAGGCCGCGGCCAGCUUACGAGGACCCACCACCAUGGAAGCCCAGGCCGCCGACCGCCGCUGUUGGGAAAUCAUAGCCGACUUAGUCAACGUGCACCAUUGGAAGCUGGAUGAUGCGCUUCACGAAGUUGCUGAGGUGCGCUCUGAUUUGCACAGCUUACUCGCCCCGAGGCCUUUCAUUCCCAAGCCCAAGUUCGACCCGGACAACAGCUGGAAGGCCCGCUUUACGGGCAACGGCCGAGGCGGCAAGGGUGGCGGCCGUGGCGGCAAAGGCCGUGAUGGCAAAGGCGAGAAAGGCGAUCGCUUUGAGAGGGGUGGCAAAGGGGGCAAGGGCAAGGACAACAAACAAGCCACACCCACCGGCAAGUACCAAAGCGGACAGUGCAAGGACCCGGCCACCUGCCGCUACCUUCAUCGAUGCGCAGUGCCAAAGAGUGACGGCACAGCGUGCGGGGGCAACCACCCAGUAGGUUUAACGAGUUCGGGAGUGUUGGCGCAACCACCGCCUGCCGAUGCGCAGAAAUGUGAACAUCUAGCUUACGAAAUUAUGUCGCGCCGCCAGCCUGGUGAGCUCACGGCCGAUGACAUGUUCGAAGUCCUGUCACAGACACCCGAAGUCCUUCCAGCCAGGGCCCGAGGUAUCCAAACGGAGGACUCUCACCAGUGGUUCUCCGGAGGCUACAGCCAUGGUCCAAUGGUCGGUGUCCGAAACUCAACUCUGCGCUGCCCUUGGACCACCGCCUUGGCAUGCCGGUAUGUACGCGAGCAGGCUCCGUGGCACAGGUUUGGAGCGAUAGCAUUCACGGUGAACCUUCUGGCUGAGCCACAUGUGGAUGCUCAUAACGACCCUAACUCUAACAACCUUGUGCUGCCUAUUACGUCGUUCAAACGAGGUGGCCUGUGGCUUGCUGACAAAGCAGGCAGCUCGCCGAGGACCAUAGACGGCACACGAGUGAUGGGCACGGUGCUUUCCUUUGACGGCGGGGGAAUUUGCUUCAACCCACGUGUGCCUCAUGCGACUGAGCGCUGGGAAGGAGAUCGUGCUGUACUAGUUGCAUUCCUCCCGGGAGGUUUGGACGAGCUCGAGCAAUGUGACCGGGCGAUCCUGGACGAGCUCGGCUUCGUCACAUCUGCUUGUGCCACUACCAAUGCAGCCUCUCAGCCCGUGAAGUUUACAGCUGAGUUUGGUGUCAGGUGGUCGCCCGAGGAGUUCGUCGAGCAGGCCACUAGCAUGGCCCUCCCGGAAGACAUUGAUCUUCUGGAAGAUGAUGUCCAGGAGGCUAGUGUGGAGAAGCUUUCUCAUGAGGCGGUGCCUUUUCCUGUCAGGGAAUCUGUUGGAGAGGCAUCCUCUUCGCGCGACUGUGCGCAUCGUGCCAAGAAGGCCAGAGCAAGCGUUACCCUGGGAGCCUGCUUUCGAGAUGUUGUCAAUUUCAACCUUGUGGAAACUGACGCUGCGCUUGAAGAAGUCAAAUGGACCAGAGCUUUAGAAAUGUGGCUAUUCGUGAUCAUGGAGGACUCCAGCUGUUCUGCGAUAGGAUCACGGAUUAGCCGCAAAAACGGAGCUGAUGCCAUGAAGUGCCUUCGUGAACUCUUCGGGAAGAAAGCAUCCAGUACCGUCGCAAAGCGUGGGAGUGCAAUGCAGAAGUUCGUUGUGUGGAUACACAAAGCUUGCCCAGGCGAGUGUGCCCUGCCUAUCACUUCAAAGCGUGUCGAUGAUUACAUCGAGCAACUACAGGAAGCUAAGGUCCGACCUGGAUCUUUCACAAGCUUUACUGAAGCUGUCAAUUUCUCAGUGCAUGUCGUUGGCUUGCCUUUCGAUUGUGCCGGAUCUCUGAGGAACCCUUUCUCAGGAAAGCAGUUGUUCAGUCCUUGGGCUCGUGGGGCUGUUGCGCUGGAGAUACAGAAGAAAGCAGAGAGGAGGCAGAGCGCUGUCCUAACCACUGACAGCGUUCUUUACCUUGAGGCUUUCUUGAGCGACGAGGAUGAAGAUUUAGUCGACCGUUACGCUGCAGGAUGCAUGCUCUUCAGUUUGUUCAGCCGUAGUCGCAUUAGUGAUCUCAGAAAGGUCAAGGAUUGGAUUUUGGAUUUUGAUUGUUUGCAAAGCCACGGGCAAGGUUUCCUUGAGUGCAGCACUCGCAGUCACAAGACUGAAAAGGACGUUGCGGCCAUUGGUCUUGCCAUGCCCCUUGUUGCACCGGCUGUCGGCUUGGGUAAGGUGAGCUGGGCUGUUACAUUCAGCAAGGUUGCUUCUGCAGUAGGUUUGGGGUUCGUAGGUCGGCCUGAGGGGCCUUUGCUGCCCGCUCCGGACGUUACCGGAGGAUGGUUGUCCAGGUCGGUGACCACCUCCGAAGCUGGCGCUUGGCUCUGCAAGAUUCUUGAUAAGGGAGGGCAGCCAUCCCAAGGGAUCACAGGUCACAGCUUGAAAAGCACUACACUGACCUGGGCCUGUAAAUUUGGUUUCGAUAAGUAUUCCCGGUUACAACUUGGACACCAUGCCACUGGCGAAGGAACAUUGCACACCUAUGGCCGAGAUUACUUGGCGCCUGCCCUCAGGCGCUACGAUGAAAUGUUGGCUGCAAUCCGAAACGGAACAUUCUUCCCGGACCUUACGCGCUCGGGUCGCGUGCGAGCCGCUGCACAAGUUCCGAAGGUGGAGGUCUCUGAUGAUGAAGUGCCUGAUCUCGGGUUGACCAGCUUCGCUUCAGAAGGUUCUUUUGAGGCCAUUGGUGUAGCAUCCGCCGGAGAGAAGAGUGAUGAAGAUCAGGUUGCAGCACCCACUGACCAUGAGCUGUCCUCCUCGGACAGCAGUAGCUCGCAGGACGAAGUCGUUGCAGGCAGGGACCACCCCGACUUGGACAACGACGAGAUGGCGUGUGCAGUCGCCCGUCCCAAGCCAAGUUGGGAACCUGGAUAUGUCAUGUACAAACAUGUUAGGACACAGGUCGUUCAUCUUUGCGCACAAGGCAGUUCGACCGGAGUUUUUGCGUGUGGGCGGAAGGUGACGUCCGAUUUCAAGGAGGUCGCCCAAACUAAAUUUUUGUCGUUUCGGAAGUGCAAGACCUGUGAAGGGGCAAAGCCGCUCCGCGAUCCAGGAGCAUUGGCCGAGGCCGUUAACGCUAUGAUGCAGCGAAAGUCGGCUGCAGAGAGUUUGUGA